GCAGUGUUCAGGAUGAGAGAGAGAGAGCUCCAUCAGGAUAACUGAGACUCACGGAGCUGCUGCCUCGGCGCACACGACGAUUAUUUACCAAAAGAGGGAUGAAGAGCAUCAACUUUUUUACCGACUUGGUUCUUCUAUUCAUAGCCAGUGAUGCGAGCGCUUGGAUUAUCAGAAAUGCGACUGAAACACUCACCUCAACCAAUAUCACUAUCAAUAAAUCGGAAAUGGGCAAUGACGGAUUAGCAUCUAUGCCCAAAGCAAGGCGAAAACGGUACAUUUCGCAAGAUGACAUGAUAGCUAUUCUGGACUAUCACAACAAGGUGCGAGCGAAUGUUUUCCCACCUGCAGCCAACAUGGAAUAUAUGCUUUGGAAUGAAGACCUAGCCAGGUCAGCAGAAGCUUGGGCAGCAACCUGUAUUUGGGAGCAUGGACCUCCUUACCUUCUCCGAUAUCUGGGUCAAAACCUCUCAGUGCGAACUGGCAAUUACUACUCCAUUCUUCAGCUGGUUCAGCCUUGGUAUGACGAGGUCAGAGAUUAUGUGUUUCCAUACCCACGCGACUGCAAUCCCCACUGCCCAAUGCGCUGUUAUGGACCCAUGUGCACACAUUACACACAAAUGGUGUGGGCGUCAUCCAACAGAGUUGGAUGUGCCAUCCAAACCUGUUACAAUAUGGUAGUAUGGGGCGUCGUGUGGAGGGAGGCAACAUACUUGGUCUGCAAUUAUUCUCCAAAGGGUAACUGGAUUGGUGAGGCACCUUACAGAGUCGGUGUGCCAUGCUCAGCCUGCCCUCCCAGCUACGGAGGUUCAUGCAGCAACAACAUGUGCUUUCCUGCCAUCAACUCAAACUUCAUGUACUGGUUUAAAUAAGCUAUCUGUUAUAUGUUUAAAGGAAUAGUUCAGCCAAAAAUGAAAAUUUGCUGAUUUACUACCCUCAGGCUAUCCAAGAUUUAGAUGAAUUUGUUCCUUCCUCAGAACAGAUUUGGAGAAAUUUAGCCCAAACAGAUGACAAAGACAUUUUAUGUAGUAAUCCACAAGUAAUCCACACUACUCCAGUCCAUCAAUUAGAAUAUUGUGAAGAUAAAACGUGAGUUUGUUUUAAAAAUAUUAAAACUGUUGCUUUUGGUUAAAAUAGGACUCCUCUAUCCAAAAUAUUGUUUUCUCCAGUGAAAAAUCACAGUCAGAGUCUGAAUCAGAAGAGAAAUGUUUAGAGAUCAACCAUUGUUUACAAGCAAAAACAU